AUGUCACCGCCGCCCCUCACAACGCCCCUAACUGCCAUCCUGGGCAUCAAGCACCCCAUUAUGCUGGCAGGCAUGGACAUGGUCGCAGGGCCCCAACUCGCAGCCGCAGUAUGCAACGCAGGCGGCUUUGGCACGCUAGGAGGCGCGCGGUAUACACCGAAUAUGCUGAGAGAGAUGAUUGCGGAGCUAAAGGAGGAGCUGGACGAUAAGAACGCGCCCUUUGGAGUCGACCUGUUGAUCCCGCAGGUUGGUGGGAGUGCAAGAAAGACGAAUUAUGACUAUACGAAAGGGCAGUUGGGCGAGCUGCUCGACAUCGUGAUAGAGAGCGGAGCGAAACUGUUCGUUUCGGCGGUGGGCGUGCCUCCUGAAUGGGCGGUUGAGAAACUGCAUAAUGCGGGCGUGUUGUACAUGAACAUGGUCGGCCAUCCAAAACAUGUUCACAAAGCUUGUCAGGCGGGUGCAGACAUAAUCUGUGCUCAGGGUGGCGAAGCCGGCGGACACACCGGCGACAUACCUACUCUGAUUUUGACUCCAGCAUGCGCAGACAUAUGCAAACAGUAUAAGUCACCCCUCACUGGCCGAUCUGUCACGCUCGUCACAGCAGGCGGUAUCAACGACGGCCGGAGCGUAGCCGCAGCACUGAUGAUGGGGGCGAGCGGCGUGUGGGUUGGGACGAGGUUCAUUGUAGCGAAGGAGUCGAAAGCGCCGGAACACUGGAAGAAGCAAGUGGUUGAAGCGGGAUACGAUUCCUGGAUCAAGAGCACGAUUUGGUCGGGGCGUCCACUCCGAGCACUGAGCAACCCUUAUCUAGAAGAUUGGGAGAACAACCGACAGGCCGAGAUCAAGGAGCUCACGAGAAAAGGCGUUGUACCUCUUCCGUACGAGCUGGAUAGAUUGCAUAAGGAGGGGAAGUUGACGGACGAGAUUGAAGAUGCGGCGGAUGUGAGGCCAAUUGGCAUAGUUGCAGGGGCAGUAAACAAGGCAGGUCAGCCCGCUAAGGAAAUCGUCGAAGAGAUGGUUCAGGAGACAGUUGUGGCACUGAAGGGAGCCGGAAGCCUUCUAAACGCUGGUGCAAAACUAUAG